CCACCACUAUCUUGCAAAAAAGGCACACGCUUUCCUCGCGCAGUAUGGCUCGCUUGAUUCCAGUCGUGAUCUGUUCGACCACGUUAGUUCGAAGAGAUUUUGUUUCAUUUAUAAACGAAAUCGUGUGCAAAUAAUCCAAAAUACACCAUGGAUGAUGAGUGGGAUGUCGAAAACGCUGAAGCGAAAUUCGACCUCGCUAUUAGAUCCAACAAGUGGGAGGGUGAAGACGAAGACGAAGAUGUCAAGGAUAGUUGGGAAGAUGUUGAAGAAGAAAAGAAAGAUGUAGAAAAACCUGCAGAAGUGCCUAAAGCUAAGCCAAAGCCAAAGAAAGCUUUGGCAGAAAGAAUUGAAGAACGUGAGAAAAAGGCAAGAGCAGAGGCAGAGAGAAAAGCUAAAGAAAAAGAGGAAGCAUUAACACCUGAGGAAAGGAGAGCAGAACAAUUAAGACGUCAAAGGCUCCAAGAAGAAGCUGAUCUACGUCUUGCCAUGGAAACUUUCGGUGUGACUGAAGAAUCUGUGUUGAGUUUGGAUACCACAGUACCUAACACAAAAGAAGAAUUUGAGCAGUAUGGAAGUGUACUUACACAAAAGCUGAACCAAUUUGCUAAACAUUCUGAGUUUCCUCCAUUUGGAGAAGAACUUAUUAAAUCUGUUGCUCUUAAUUUACCCUCAUCACAUUUGAAGAAAGUUAAAACAUUGGUCGAUAAUUUGUUGAUUGAAAAGCAAAGAAUCGAAAAAGCAGAAAAGGCGAAAAAGAACAAGGGCAAGGGAAAAGCAAAAUUGAAAAUUGAAGGUGACAACACUCUUUUGAGCGAAUACGGCGACUAUGUUUACGAUGAUUACGACGAUUUCAUGUAGCGACCUUUUCAUCUCAUAUUCUUAUUAUUCCCUAAUUCCUUUUCUAGUCGCCUAAAUACACGCAGAUGGUUAUUAACA